UUUUCUCUCUCUCUCCCAGCAUCUGAUUCCAUCAUUCUUCUUCUUCGAUCAAUCUCUUCUCCAACAACCCAACUAAACUUUUUCUUCUCUCCCUCAGAUUCGCCACCUCCAAUUCUCUAUCAUCAAUCACGUCUUUAAAGUAGAUUGAUUGGAGAUUUCAACAAGAGAGAGAGAUGAAAGUUGUAGAGAUGGAACAAAAUUGCAGAGAUGGGUCGGAGAGAGAGAUGGGAUCUAGGGUUCCAAUAGAAACCAUCGAAGAAGACGAAGAGUUCGAUUGGGAAGCAGCAGUCAAAGAAAUCGACUUGGCUUGUCUUAAAACCUCCAAUGCUUCUUCUUCUUUCCAUUUCACUCCUUUGGCUCAUCCUCCAAUUACAAGAAAUAGCACUAAGCCUCCUGUGAAAAGACAAUCUACUCUCGAUAAAUUCAUCAGAAGAACCGAGCAUAAACCGGAGAAUCAAGUUGUUUCCGAGUCGAAUUUUGAUGAAUUUGAAUGUGGUGGUGGUAACGAUAAGAGUCCUAUAGUUGGUAUUGAUCCUGAGGCAGCUAAAACUUGGAUUUAUCCAGUGAAUGGGAGUGUUCCUCUUAGAGAUUAUCAGUUUGCUAUAACGAAUACCGCUUUGUUUUCGAAUACAUUGGUGGCUUUGCCUACGGGACUUGGUAAAACGCUUAUAGCUGCAGUUGUUAUGUAUAAUUACUUCAGAUUGUUUCCAGAAGGUAAAAUUGUAUUUGCGGUACCGUCUAGGCCUCUUGUGAUGCAGCAGAUUGAGGCGUGUCAUAAUAUUGUUGGAAUACCUCGAGUAUGUGAUUCUCUUUAAACAGAUGUUGAGAAUUUGUUUGCUUCUUUUAUCAGACUUUUAGAUAUAUUUUUGAGAAAUGGACUAUUGACUUGACGGGUCAGACAUGCCCUUCGAAAAGAGCCUUCUUGUGGAAAAGCAAACGGGUUUUCUUUGUCACUUCACAAGUGUUAGAGAAGGAUAUACAGUCAGGUGAUGCUCGGAUUUAUUAUAUCGAAAUUCUGAGCUGAAACCUCUUAAUGCUUAUUUAAUUUGUUCUCAAAUUACAUGAAAGUGUAUGAAAGUGUAUGAAAGUGUAGGAUUACAAAAUUCAA